CUGCAAUUUUCUUCUUGUAUCAGAUGGAUAACCCACUCUCCAUUUACAGCAAGUAGCAAGCGUCUCGUUUUUUACCUGUGUGCUAAAUUCGACUACUUACGACUAAUGCGGGCGCAUGCGCAAAUUUGUGACAUGCACACUCCCAGAACUCGGAUCCACACUUCUCCAGUAGUGCCAAAUUUUGAAACUGAGUUUGCACCCCCUAAGCAAAUUUUGUUCCCGGGCCACUGAUUCUAGAUUCUCCAGAAAGAGAUGACAUGACACUAAAUGUUUCAGGAGGAAAAGUAUGUGCUGAUACUCCAACCAAAUUCCACUGCAGUUGGAAAGGUGGUAAUCCACCAGUAAGUGUAACCCUGAUGUAUAAAAAUGUAUCAAAUACUAGUAAAGAAGAAGUUGAACUUAACGUAAUACCUUCCAAAUCUCAUCAAACAGUUAAGUGUCUGGGCAUUCAUAUUGCUGCAAAUGUGUCUCAUGAAAAGAAUUUAACUAUUUAUUAUCCACCUAAAACAAUAGAAAUCAAGGCUGAUGAACCCUUUCUUGAGGGUUCCAAAGGCAUUUUGCAUUGUAAAGCAAUAAAUGGAUAUCCAGAAAAGUACAGCUACAGGUGGGAUCCAAAUAACAACACCUCACAAAAUUUCACACUUCCUCAACUCAAACGAACACACAAUAAUAAGGUUUGCACUUGUUAUGCUUCUAACAUGUGCAAUAAGAAAAGAGAAUUACAUAAAACACAUUGGAUCAAUGUAGAAUAUGAACCUGAUAUUACUGCAUCAGAGGAUGUGACAUUAAUUGAGAAUCAAGCAUCCAUUGUAAACUGUUCUGCAAAAGGAAACCCUAUCCCAGAAGUGAGGUUGGAAUGUAGAAAUCACAGUUUUCCUUCAAACUCCCCAUUUACUUUUAAUCGUAGAAAUAUCAGUGAUGUUUUCUGUGUUGCCAAUGCAAAGAGCACAAAGCAUGGAAAUCUGACAUCUCGGAAAAAAAUUAAUAUCCUGUUGAAAUAUCCUCCUCAAGUAAACAUUCAUAUUUCAAAUGAGACAAAUAAUAUAAUAAUUAAUUGCACUGCAUUCGAUGGAAACCCAGAUAUUUAUGAAUACAAACUGAAGCAAAAAUGGGGAAAUGCCACUAAGAAUACUUAUACUAUGAAUGUAUUAUCUAUAAAUAAUCCUUCUUUCAAUAAUACUGGUACAUGGGUGUGUCAUGUAAGCAAUGAAGAUUUUCAUGUGAAUAAAUCAUCAAACUACAAAAUUCCAGUGAAACCUAUUUUCAGUUCAAUAUCAAACAAUCCUAAAAAGAGAAAUGUUUCAAUUGGAGAAUCUGUAAUUUUCAAACAGUGUUUUUAUUCCCAUCCAAAAUCUGAUGUAAAAUGGCAAAAGAAUGAGAAAUUAAUUGACUCAAACAAAUAUUCAACCACUGAUUAUUUAUCAAGUGAGUUUCCUUUCAAAGGAAUCUGUACUAGUUUAAAGAUAGAAGACAUCAAAGAUAAUGAUUUUGGUACAUAUCGCUUAAGAGUGCAAUACUCCAUAGAAACAGAAAUAAUUACUUUUACCUUGAAAUCUAAAGAAAUUACGGAACUCUCUUUGGGAAUGAUUAUUGGUUGCAGUGUAGGAACUGUAUUAUUAUUAAUAAUUUUGGGGCUUCUUGCUUAUAAAUGCCACAAAAUAAGAGAUGUGGAAGGUACUGAUGAAACUAUUUCAUACAAGCAAAACAACAUGGAUGAUGCUAAUGGUAACAUUUCAAGGGAACCUGAUAAGCAAUGCACUGAAAUUAGUGAUCUCAGAUAUUUAUGGAUGAAACAGCCAGCUGUGGAAGAACAAUGCACGGAAAUUAGUGAUCUCAGAUAUUUAUGCAUGAAACAGCCAGACAUGGAUGGUGCUUACAUUAAUGAUUCACAGACACCUGGUAAUAUGGAUGAUGUUCAUGGUAACAUUUCAAGGAAAUCUCAUACUGUUGAAAAUGAAUAUGCUGAAAUUAGUGAUCUCAGAUAUUUAUGGAUGAAACAGCCAGACAUGGAUGAUGCUUACGUUAAUGAUUCACAGACACCUGGUACUGUGGAAAAUCAAUAUGCUGAAAUUAGUCAUCCCAAAUAUUUAUGCAUGAAAAAGCGAGAAGCUGUGGAAGAUCAAUAUGCUGAAAUUAGUCAUCCCAAAUAUUUAUGCAUGAAAAAGCCAGACAUGGAUGAUGCUUACAUUAAUGAUUCACAGACACCUGGUACUGUGGAAGUACAAUAUGCUGAAGUAAGUGAGCACAUAUAUUUGGAAAUAAAACAACGAGACAUGGAUGUUGCUUACAUUAAUGUUCCAAAAUUCCUGGAGAUUACCAGUGAAGGGAGGCACAAUGGUCCAGUGGUUAGGUCAGUGGACUCGCGGUCAUAGGAUCGCGGUUUUGAUUCCCAGACCAGGCGUUGUGAGUGUUUAUUGAGCGAAAACACCUAAAGCUCCAUGAGGCUCCGGCAGGGGAUGGUGACGAACCCUACUGUACUCUUUCACGACAACUUCCUCUCACUCUUACUUCAUGUUUCUUGCAAACUAGAUACAAAAACGAAAUGUCAUGAUGUUUUUCUUAUUACUUAUUUAUUUCUAGUUUAUUUUCUAAUUCUCUAUGUAUCAAAUAUGUUACAACAAGCUUCUAUUUAUUUUCUUAACUAGAAACUAUCUAAAAGUAUAUCUAUGAAUUUCAUAUCUUUAAUAAGACAAAGAUUUUUUUUUUUUUUUAUAAUAUUACAAAAGAAUGUAAAUAAUGGCUUUUCAUUAUCACCAUCAUCAUUUAAUGUCUGUUGGAUGGUUUGACCAGGGCUAGCUAGCUGGAAGGCUGCAUCAGACUCUUGUCUGAUCUGGCAUGGUUUUCUGCGGCUAGAUGCCCUUCCUAAUGCCAACCACUCCAAGAGUGUAAUGGGUGUUUUUACAUGCCACCGGCAUGAGUGUCAUUUGUGUGACAUCAGUAUCUGCUAUGACUGCAGUUUUACUUGGUUUUAUGUGUUUUCUUCUGAGGCAUGACAUAAUGCCAAAAGUCUCGAUCAUUGCCUCUGUGAGGCCAAACACCUGAAAGGAGCUCAUUAACUUUGCCUCUAUAAGGCUUAAUGUUCGAAAGGUGCUUUCUACAUGCCAGCAGCAUGGGUGUCAGUGAUGUAACACCAGCAUCAGCUAUGACUAUGAUUUCACUUGGCUUGACGGGUCCUCUCAAGCACAGCACAUCACUAAAGGUCUUGAACACAAGUCAUUACAUCUAUGAGGACCAAAGUUCGAAGAUCAUACUUCACCACCUUGUCCUAUGUCUUCCUGGGUUUACCUCUACCAUAGGUUCCCUCCACAGCUGUCCUAGUCCAUACACAUCACAUCUGAUGCCUUUUAUUCCCAAUUUUUCUCUCAAGAUGCUUACACUCUGUUGAACAUGCACACUGACAUUACACAUCCAGCAAAGCAUACUUGCUUCAUUUCUUUGAAGCCUAUGCAUGUCCUCGACUGUUAUAAUCCAUGUUUCACUGCCAUGCAGCACUGCUGUUCGCACACAGGCAUCAUACAAUCUGCCUUUCACUCUGAGAGAGAAGUCUUUUGUUGCCAGUAGAAGUAACAGCUCUCUGAACUUUGCCCAGCCUAAUGUUAUUCUCACAGCCAUGCUUUUUGUUAUAAUUUGGUCACUUGGUCAAUUCAUCUUCAGUUUAUGUGUGUGUGUGCGCACGUGUGUGUGUGUGCAUAUAUGUGUGUAGAGUGUGUGUCAUGUGUGUUUGUAUGUGUGUGAGAGAGAGAGUGUGUGUCAUGUGUGAGAGUGAGUGAAAUGAACUUAGAAAAGGGUAUAAAUUGAAAAUUUUAAAUUUGGUUUUUUCAUAAGAUACAUAAUUUUUCUGUAUGAAUUUUAAGUUCAUAUUAUAUUCUAUGUUCUAUUGAUUUCCCUGCUAGAAAACGAUAAUUUUUUCUUCGAUUUUUCAUCAAUUUUUUCAUGCAAAUAACACAAUAUCUGCAAUAAGAUUUGAAUUUAUGACUAAAUGAUCACUAUUUCAGUACAUUUACCUUUAUAU